AAGUAGAUAGUACACUAUCGUUUUAAACUAUUCCUCUUUCUAACAUUUUAAGAAAUAAUCGAUGGUUAAUCGUCGAUUAUAAAAUAAUAAUCAAUAGCAACUGAUUAUUUGAAAAAUCGAUUAAUGGUAAUCGAUUCUGCACACCAUUAGUUAAAAGCUAUGAUGGUAGAAAUAUGGAAAUAAUUUUGUUUUAGGUUGUAUUGUAAUGUAAAUACCUUGUUUCUUUAUUUUGUGGUGAUAACUUGAAAAAAAUUAAGAACCUACUUAUAGUUGAUAAUGGAAAACAGCAAUAAAAUUAUUCCACCACAUUUAAACGCAGAAAUAUAUAGGAGCGAUACCUCUAGUGCUAACACAAUUUCAUACUUGGAUUACCUGUACCUUCAUCCAAAGGACGGAGUGCUAAUAGGUUGCUCCGAAUUGACUGGCCGGUACUGGAAUGGUGGUGCGAACAUAUACAAAUCCUUAGAUGAGUCGCAAAAAAAACAUAAUGAAGCAAAAAUGACUAUAAAUUUAGCUAGUGGGACGGCUGAUGGAUGUUUUAUUGGAAAUGCCAGUAAAGUGUUGUUGUGUGAGGACAAUGGUACAGUUAGCGUUUGGUCUGCUAGCAAAGAUGAGGCUUGGAAACAGUGGACUGAGGAUGUAUCAGUUGCUGAACAUGAUGAUGCAGUUUUAACAGUUGAUUGUCUCCAAUCAGAGAAAGAAUAUGUCACAGCUGGAGCAGAUGGUAAUAUAAAGGUGUGGGAUAUACAUGAAAUGCUCUGUAUAAGAAACUAUUUAACAGCACACAGUUUAGCAGUGUAUGGAGUGUCAGUAAAGCCUAAUUCAACUACCACAUUUGCAACUGGUUCUACGGAUGAAUAUAUUACAUUAUGGGAUGAUAAUAUUUCUAAUCCUGCAUUAAAUUUGGCUAAAAACAAUUGUGGCAUAAGAUGUUUACAAUGGUUAGAUGAGAAUAGAAUAAUAUUUGGUGAUGAAGGUGGAGUUUUAUCUCUUAUAGACAUAAGGAUUCCUGAGGAUUUUACAAAAUUAACAGAAUUCCCUGCUGCUAUUCAUAAAAUAAAGGUCCAUCCAGAAGAGAAUAAGGUGGCAAUUUGUUGUGAUAACAAAAUAGUCACAGUUUGUGAAGUUAAUGCCUGUAAUGAGGUAAAAGGAAUCUACCAUGACAGACACAUGCAUAAUAAUUAUGUAAGAGGCCUAGCAUGGGAUUUGGCAGAUAGUAAGACACUACACACCUCAGGUUGGGAUGGUGAAAUAAAAACUCAUCAUAUGGUAUGGGAUUAAUGUCACUAAUAAAUUACAUUAUUCAGAUAAGGAAUAAAACAUAUUACAUUAUUCAGA